AUGCUGAAUUCCACCUGGAAACAGGUGGGGGCAGUGGUGAAUUGCACGAGUAGGAAGGCUUUGGCAAACCUUAGCGGCAGAUCGGCUGCAGAGACCCUACUGAUCCAAGCAAGAAGUGGCGGUGGCAUCAGAGGAGUGCGCGUAUCAGUUACCCUGAGUGGUCAAGAACUUCCUCUAGUUCUUGACCAGAACUCGAAGUGUUCUCGACUAGGUGGUUGGUUUUUAAGGACUCAGGAUUUAACCUCGGGGUUGCACCUCCCCCUCUCCUGCCAACAUUCAUCCUCAGCCUUCCCCGCGCAAAUCCACGUCCCCUCCACAGCUGAUGCUGGUCAUCCUCAGAACCGUGGCCUGGAGGUCUCUAAGCUCCCUUCCUUUGCCCUGAGUCCGGGCUCAACUUUAGGAGUUGGGAGGGCGUCUUGCUUCAUCCGUUACGCUUCAGCUGGGGACUGUUUCCACCUGCUCAUCUCCUUAGAUUAUCACCCCAAAAGAGAGGAAGAUUCAGGUGGAUUUGGCCCAUCCCCUAAUCGGGGCCUGCCACUAGCAGGCCGGGGGCUGGAGGAGGAGGAGCGCAAGCAGCGGGCCGCGGCGGGGCCGGGAGGAAGAGGAGGGGGAGGAGGAGGAGCUGAAGCGGGGAGAGCGGCAGCCAGCAGCUCGGCCGGAGUUGCAGCAGCGGCGGCGGCGCUGACACCGCAGCUUCCCCGAGCCCCGAGUCCAGGCGGGGACAGCAGCAGGGAGAGCCCGGUCGCACAGGCACCGCACCUCGGCCCCGCCAAACCGCCCUCGCUGCGCCGGGCGGGACCGCCAGCCAUGGCCACGCCGCCGGAUCCCCGAGACGAGCAGCUGCCGCUGGCAGGCUCCGGGUCCCAGUGGUUCGGGGACCGGGGGGAGGGGGAGAACGAAGCGGUGACGCCGACGGGGGCCAAGCCGGCGCCGCAGGCGGGGGAGCCCGGCCGGGGGUUGGGCGCCGGGGCCGGGGCCGGAGUAGCGGCGCCGCGGGAACCGGACUCGGGCCCCGCCCGACCGCCGCCCGUUGCUAUGGAAACUGCAUCCACAGGUACGGCAGAUGUCUCCAGUGCCAUGGAGCACACCUUUUCAGCAGCAUCAAAAGAAGGGGAAGGAUCGUGUUACACAUCUCUGAUUUCCAACAUCUGUUACCCACCUCAGGAGGAUUCUACAUAUUUCACAGGAAUUCUUCAGAAGGAAAAUGGCCAAGUCACCAGUUCUGAGAGCCCUGAGGAGUUGAGUACCCCCAGGCCCUCCUUACCAGACGUGCCUGGGACGGAGCCUCGUGGCUUAUUUAGUUCUGAUUCUGGAAUUGAGAUGACUCCUGCAGAGUCCACCGAAGUGAACAAGAUCUUAGCAGACCCCCUGGACCAGAUGAAAGCAGAAGCCUAUAAAUACAUUGACAUAACCAGGCCAGAGGAGGUGAAACAUCGGGAGCAAUGUCAUCCCGCGUUGGAAGAGAAAGGCUCGGACUUUAAGAAUAAGGACAUUGGUAUCUCAACAAAAUCUGAAGAGGCCCGUGAACCUGAGAAACCAGUUCCUGUGGAGGGAAAACUUCUCAAGGACCAUUUAUUUGAAGAGUCAACAUUUGCACCAUAUAUAGAUGAUCUCUCUGAAGAACAGCACAGUGCUCCUCUGAUCACUGCCCCUGUCAAAAUCACACUGACUGAAAUCGAGCCUUCUGUUGAAACCGCGGACCAAGAGAAGACCCCCGAGAAGCAAGAUGUCUGUCUGAAACCAAGUCCUGACACAGUCCCCACAGUCACCGUCUCAGAGCCUGAAGAUGACAGCCCAGGAUCUGUCACGCCCCCAUCUUCUGGGACAGAACCAUCUGCUGCAGAAUCCCAGGGGAAAUGCAGCAUCUCUGAGGAUGAGCUGAUCACUGCCAUUAAAGAAGCAAAGGGGUUAUCCUAUGAAACAACGGAGAGCCCACGGCCGGCGGGCCAGGGGAUCAACAGGCCUGAGGCCAAAGCCAGGUCCGGGCUGCCAACCAUCCCCAGCCCCCUGGACCAUGAGGCCAGCAGCGCGGAGUCGGGGGACUCUGAGAUCGAGCUGGUAUCCGAGGACCCGCUAGCCGCGGAGGACGCGCUGCCCUCGGGCUACGUGACCUUCGGCCAAGUGGGCGGCCCGCCGCCGUCGCCGGCCUCGCCGUCCAUCCAAUACAGCAUUCUGAGGGAGGAACGCGAGGCCGAGCUGGACAGCGAGCUCAUCAUCGAGUCGUGCGACGCGUCCUCUGCCUCAGAGGAGAGCCCCAAGCGGGAGCAGGACUCGCCCCCGAUGAAGCCAGGCGCCCUGGACGCCAUCCGGGAGGAGCCGGGCGCCCACGCUGAGGAGGGCGCAGCCGGCCGCCGGGGCCUGGCCGACCCGGGCCCCUUCCUCAAGUUCCCUGCGGCCACCCCCCACGCCGGUCCCGAGCUGCCCUCUGAGGACGGAGCCCCGGCGCUGCCGGAGGGGCCCACCACCCAGGGGAAACCUGAGGAAGCCGCGAGUCCCAGCCCAAGCCCGGUGGCCUCGGCGAGCCCUGGGCUGCGAGGUCCUGGAGUCGACCCCCCUCUGCUCUUCCUCAGUAAGCAACAAGGUAAAGUGACAGCUCUUCUCACUACAGCAACUUGGUUGCUAACUGUUCGUUCCCUGGGUGCUCUGACAUCCGCAGAGCGGGGAUUCAGGCCCAGCCCUAUGGCCCUGUCCUGGCUGGUCCAAUAGCUGACCAGAGAGCAA